GCACGGACCCCCACAUACAAGAGCGUAACGGGUGGGCUUCUUCUCUCUUUCUUUCUUCUCACAGUUUGUCCAUAUUUAGUGCAGUCAUGAUGUUUCUCAUAGUUUUUUCUUUAUUGACUGUGUGUGUGACUGCAGAAGAUCAAGAGAGCGCCAUCCUCAGACUGAACGAUGUUCCUGCGGCCGAGGCCUUCAUCGACUCCGCUGAAGUGGCUGUCAUCGGGUUCUUUGAGACUGAAGCUGCUCACGAAUAUAAAGAUUUUUUGGCUGCCGCUAAACAGAUGAAGGCACUUCCUGUUGCUCUGUGCAGUGAAAAGGAAGUUUGGGCCAAAUAUGGUAUUGCCACUGACACCAUCUCCAUCUUCAGGAAGGCUGAUCUUCAUCAGGAGCACCUGAACCUGUCAGAGGCCAAGAAAGUUGAUACUGAUGGACUCGUACGCUUUAUGACCAUGAAUAACAUUCGUUACGUCACAGAGUAUAAUCAAGCGUCUGCGGUGGGUCUGUUUCAGUCUGAGGUGAAGACGCACUUGCUGCUGUUGGCCGACAGAGGGCGCGCGGAUUCCGACCCGCUGCAGCAGCGCUUCAGAGAUCUCGCGCCAAAAUACACUGGCAAGAUGUUGUUUGUGCUGGUAAAUGGAAAAGAGAAAUCAAACACCCGCGUGCUGGAAUACUUCGGCCUGAAGUCAAGUGACCUGCCGCGGAUCGGCAUUUAUGACGGCACCUUGGACAAGAAAUGGCUCAUGCCGGCGGGUGACAUCACUAAUGAGCGCGUGCAGAACUUCUGUGAUUCUUUCCUGGACGGAGAGCUGCAGAAGCAGAAAGAGGCUGAAACAGCCGAAGACAAGACUGAACUAUAAUAUAAUCCUUCAUUAAAAAUAUUAACUGAAAUACA